CUGUACGGAAGUGCUUUCAUCCUGCAGGAGGAGCAGCAGCAGCAGAAGAAGAAGAAGAAGAAGAAGAAGGGGCUUCUCCUUCGUGUCAACUUUCCGCCUGAACGCAACGCUCCAGCGGACGCCAAACCCUCGGAGCUCGGGCAAUGGCGAGGCCAAGCCACAGCGACCACGUCCUCCAACAGCUUAACAACCAACGGGAGUGGGGCUUCCUGUGCGACUGCCUCAUUGCUAUUGGCGACAUUUACUUCAGGGCGCACAAGGCCGUCCUAGCAGCCUGCAGUUCCUAUUUCAGGAUGAUGUUCAUCCGAGACCAGCAGGGGGCGGGCCGUUUGGACCUCAGCAAUAUGCAGAUCAGCGCAGAGUGCUUUGAUCUCAUCUUACAGCUCAUGUACCUUGGACGCAUCGUAGUGGGGAGUUACGAGUUUGAGGAGCUCAAGGCAUCAAUGGCAUACCUGCAAAUGUACUAUAUCCCAGACUCGCUGGAGGAUCUCAGGGACAUCAGGAGUUCCAACCUCACCCCCUCCUCCUCAUCGUCCUUGUCCAGUUCCUCCACUGGUUCUGCUGGGGGCAAGAUGUUGUUUGGAGUUCGCAUGUUUGAACAGCAGAAGCCUGCGGCACCAGAAGUGGAGCGCUUAUCCAAAACCGUGAACAGCAGUGUUGGACGACCAGCUGCUCCGGCAACCAUCACCAGACCGAUGGCUCCAGAGGAGGUGGUAACCACUCCCUUAGUAGAUGCACCGCAGGUUGUGGAUGGAGCAGUCGAGCAACCCUGUGAUUUGAGGAAAAGGUCUAGUGGCAGGGGUUCAAAUCUAAAAGACCGUCCUCGGUUUGGGCGCACCUACACCUGUGAUGACUGCGGCUUUGUCUUCAGCUGUGAGAAGCUUCUAAUCGAACACAUCCUGACCUGUACCAACCGUAAGGCCUUCCACCCACCAAGACAUAAUGUUGAAGGUGACAAUGACUCCAGCAAGGCAGAGAGCUCUGCUUCUGACAGCACAGAAGAUCAAAGGGUCAUCUGUAAAGGUGAGGAUGACUGGCCAGAAGCCAAAAGCAACUCUGACCUCACUAUCAGAUCAGUGGCAGCUGGGACAGACAGCGAACCUGGGUCCACCAGGAGCCUCUCCAUCAAAACGGAACCAGAGGAUGGCAUGUUCCCGGAGAUUGAGGUGGUCCGGGUUGGUGAGAACGCCACCAGAAACUCAAAUGCAGUGAGUGCCCACAGGGACUCACUGAUGGCGACAACGAAUGAGCGCGAACCAGAACCAGGUGUCUCAGGUUUGGAAAACAGCAGCGACCCAUUUGAGGGCCUGUCUAGCAGCACCGAAUCAGGGAUCCCACCAAAGCUCCGUAAGCUCAAAGAGGAGAAGCUGGACAUAGACUGUGCUCCUUGUGAGCUGUGUGGUGCUUUGUUAGUUGGGGAGGACAAAUCAGCCCACUACCUGUCCAACCACAUGGGUCACAUAUGUGCUUGUGGACGCUGUGGCCAGGUGCUAAUCAAAGGUCGGCAGCUCCAGGAGCAUGCAGAGCACUGUGGAGAGUCUCUUGGUGGUGAGUCCGACUCCCAUGGGGAGGACGAAGCAUCCUUGCUGGAGGACCCACAGGGGAUGGAGGAAGGCCUGCUGGAGGCUGCCGACCUAGCCUGUCCCCACUGUGGUUUGUUGUUUCAGAGUGAAAGUCUGGCUUUAGAGCACGCCUUGUCCUGCCAUGACCAGGAGCUUUUCCGCCCAGUGUUGCUGGACGAGGGCAGUGAACCAGAUCAUCGCCGCAAACACUUCUGCAGUAUCUGUGGAAAAGGCUUCUACCAGCGCUGUCAUCUGAGGGAGCACUACACCGUUCACACCAAGGAGAAACAGUUCACAUGUCAGACCUGCGGGAAGCAGUUCCUGCGGGAGCGUCAACUCAGGCUGCACACCGACAUGCACAAAGGCAUGGCGCGAUAUGUGUGCCCCGUGUGUGACCAGGGAACCUUCCUCAAACAUGACCACGUCAGACACAUGAUAUCCCACCUUUCGGCUGGGGAAACCAUCUGCCAGGUGUGUUUCCAGAUCUUCCCUGGAGGAGAUGAGCUGGAGAAACACAUGGAUGUCCACCUGUACAUCUGUGGUGUCUGUGGAGAGAAGUUCCGCCUGCGUAAAGACAUGAGGAGCCAUUAUAACUCCAAGCACACAAAGAGACUUUAGAGAAUGACUCAAACUGCCCCAUCUGUACGAAGUUGUUACUUAAAAGCCAUAAAUGUGAGAACAAAUGUAUGCACUUGAACACCAAAAAGAAAAUGUAUCUGCACUUUGAGAAUAUGCAUAACCUGAACAGGUUGAUGCGCUGAGCAGCAGUGGGUCACUGCUCGCUUCUAGUGGCAUAAAGUCAAUAUGCAUCAGAAAGACGUGCAACACAUUUCACAGUCAGAAGACAUUUAAGUGGAGAUGAAACCAUCAAGAAACUGUCUCAGCUUCACACUGACGCCAUCAGAGCUAGAUUUUACUGUGUAUGUGGAAGCUGGGGAUUAUAUACUUUCACCAAAUGUGAUGUCCACCAUUAAAGUCGUCUGCCGAUUCAUCCACAAAGUCAAAAGAAACAACCAAUGAAAACAGUUAAUGAAACACUUUAGCAGCAGAUUGUACCAAAGUCAGUAAAAAAACCUUCCAACAGAACCCUUUAACAUCUGUCUUUGCACUGAAGCCUUUCACUUAGGUGGUUGCCUCAAGCUUCCGAUCAGCGUUUGAUGGCUCUAAUGUCAAAGUGUUUGCCAGAAUACUAGAGUGUUUUCUGUUGUCAUGAAGUGACUAUAAUUACCCAGUGGGUCCUGUCUGAUGGUUACAGUAGUUUGGUCUAGCACGCAUUCUCAUCUUCGGCUUCAGCUCCAUGCUGCCCAACAUACUCUGUGAUGGUGCCUUCACUGCUCAGCGAUGCACGCCAGCGGCAGGGUGAGUGGUUCUAAACUGCUCUAUUAAUGAAACACUAGAAGUGUUCUGACCUUCAGAACCAGCUGUUUGUAUUUACUAACAUUUUACACUUGGACUUGCUCUGAUGCCUUAUUAGUCAUAUCAGGAUGAUCUGUGAUCAGGCCGCUCCUGAACUUAAUGAUCAGAACUAGCUAAACUGUGUUAAACCCAUUAGCAUUCAGUGCUCAAAUGGUUUGAAAAAGUGUGAAAAGGAAACACCAUCUUGGUUCCAAAAUGAUUCUAACUAUUGGAAAAAGCCUAAAAAUAAAUUGGUACUUUACAGGUAAAGAUGGUGUUUUCAGCUGACCUUGAGUGUUUUGAAGUCUGUCUAAACCAGAACUAAACUAAUUUGGGACAAGCGGAACCAUUUCUAACCAAGUCAGUUAAUUGCUUGUGGUAAAUAAAGAUUCAUGCACAGAUUAAUUUAUUCCAGUUCAAUUUAGAUUGUGCAACCAAAACACCUAAAUUAUUUAAGACUGUAUUUAAUUGAAUUUAAUUCCAGAUGCAACUAGUGGGAAGAACCAACCAACCAACAACUAGUCAGUCCCAGAACUAUCAACCAUGUUAAGUGGGUCAGUCUUAUUUGGAUCCAGUGUGUCCACUGUGUGUAACCCGUUUGUAACGAGCUCAAAUGUUAAACCAGGCAAACGACAGAUGAACAUGGUCCACAAGAAGUGUUUGUUAAUAGCAGAACUUAACUGGCUCCAUAUGGAACACGGAGCAUGAGCAGGGUAUCGAGCAUGACCCUAACAUUCAAAUGAGCUCAUCAAUUCUUCAGCUGUUUUUUGUGUGUGUGUGUGUGUGUGUGUGUGUGUGUGUGUGUGCGCGCAUACGUGUGCGCAUGCGCCAAAGUCCACCUGAAGCCUCGACUCAGCCUUUAGUCAGGUUCAAACUCACUGCUCAGCACCAGGCUACUGCUGUACUUGAGUGGCAUCUGUCGGUUUGUUCAUACAUGUUCUGAAUGUUCCAGUGAGGUUGUGUUGGACAGUUUGUGGCUCUGGAGCAUCAUCUUUCUCCUCAUGUUCAGUCUGUUUGGAAAAAUGCAUCAGUCACCUAAAAUUAAAGCAGAGCUCUCAAUAAAACAAAUUAAUCUGUU